CCUUCACUCGUAUAAAAGGCAGACAAGUCUGGAAUGGCAUUUAUUCCACAAUUAAGCCUCCAGUUGUCACCAUCACUUUCAUAGCAUUUUACAGAACACGUAAAUAUGAAGGCUCAAAUUUCCCUAAGUUUCUGUCUUAUCCUUUGUGUCGUGAUGGCAUGUUACGCCAACGUAAAUUGGGGGCGGUGCAAUUGUGGCUGCAUCAAAUCCGAGUGUGACUUCCCCCAGACGGCGGACGAAUGCAGUGCAUGCGCAGCCGCCGUGAACGCUCCGCAAAACAGUUUUGACGAAGGAAAAUGUUGGAUUAAGGUUGGCAACAUCGGUCAGAUGGAUUGCGGACUUCGCUGUUAUCGAUCACUCGUCGGAUGUUCCGGAUUCGGAGGGGUGUCCCACUACACGUAUGGAAAUAUGUGCUGGUGCGUUUAUAGACAUCCGUAAAGAUUUAAUUAAUAUAUAUAUCACAUGUCACAUGUGUAUCAUUUGAGCUAAGCUGCUGUAUAAAAUAAUUUAAUUUUUAUAUAUAAAGAAAGUUUUGUGGGUAAUAAAUACAUAGUUAUAAUUUCUCGAAAUUUAUCUGAUAAAUAAAACCUUAGUUCAAACGCGUA